GCAACUGAAGAUCAUAGGGCUUGCACACUUUGACUCGUAUCUCCGUUUUGUUUUUUACAGGCAUUCUAAAAAAAAAAGAAGAGUGAAACAUCGGAGAGAAGAACUACUAUUAAGUAGCUAGGAGCCCGUUCUCAGCUUCCUUGAAGAAGAAAAAACUACAGUUCCCAGAAUUCUUUGGGAGAAGCCACUACGGCAGUUGAAACUGUUUGUGUAACCAAGGAAAGAGACAAAUCCUUAACUGCAGAGAGCCGGAGAGAGAAAAUGAACCAGGCACAAAGCCUCCUGAUAGAUGGCCUCACCAGGACCAAACACGUCACCAAUGCCGCUCUCAUCAAAACAGCCGAUGGAGCCAUCCUGGCAACAACCCCUGGCUUUAAUAUCCAAAGCCAGGUGCCAGUUUUCAUCCAAGCUUUCUUGAAAAAUUUACUCCAAGUUCGGAAAGAUGGGCUUUACUUCAAGGACCGCUAUUACAAAUGCGUCCGGGCGGAUGACAAUUCCAUCUACCUUAAAGGGAAAGACAAUGGGGUGAUCUUGGCAAAAACCGAGGCCUUCAUUCUGGUCGGCACAUACUCCCAAGGCAUGUACCCCAGCGUGUGCGUGGAAGCGGUGGAGAAGCUGGCAGACUACUUCAGAGAAAAGGGGAACUGAAGGUGGCAAGGAAGGACAGAGAGAUGGAGAUGUUUCCCUCAAAGACCCUGCGUGGCAGAGCCGAGCGAGAAACAGAGUGCCGUCCGCAAAAAGAGGAAAGCUGCUUCUCGGCCCACUCAAGCACCACGUGACAUUCUGGAUCCUUUCCACCAGCAUCAUCCUUGUGGGGUUAGGGGGGAACAAAUUAAAACA